CAGAGAAACAGUUGGGUUGCGUGAUUCUUACGUGGGUGGAUCGGAUACUUUUUCGAUGCCAAGUGUCUUCGCUUUUGCUCUUGAGGCAGUCACUGUUGCGGUUAAGGUCUAGCGCAGUUGGGAACCUUGCUGUGGACUUAGGUUUGGUGGAGGGCAUUGUACAAGCUAGCGCAGGUUUUGCACAGGACGAAAGCUUCGAAACUUCGACCGUCCGAAGCGUGGAAGCUUCUUUUUAAGUGUCGGUAAUCCUCGAUUGCCGAGACAGUCACUUAUUCUCAUUUGCUACAGAUUUUGCACUAUCGAUGACAAGGCAUGGUUUAAGCAUUCCAGAGUAGCCAUAGCACAACAGUAACUAAGCGUUGCGAGCCAAAGUAGCAGGAUCGGGCUCUAGCUCUCUUUAAUCUGAGAUUUCAAGUGCGUGUCUAGUUCAUUGUUGUCAAAGGAGCUCUCCCAUCGACAAGACAUGGCUACGAUUGGGCAGAAUACGAAGUCCAAGUUCGUAUUCAACUGGCGAGAGGAAGAAGCGAAACAUGAGCCUGGAUCGGCCUUCGAAUUGACGGACAAAGUAGCCAACCAAUUGUUCAAGUCGAUUCCCGGAUCCAGCAUCUCAAACGUACCGAGGAGGACUUCCAAGGUCACUGUCGUAGGAGUCGGGAACGUGGGCAUGGCGUGCGCUCAAACCAUUCUAACACAGGACCUGUGCGACGAGCUUGCGCUUGUGGACGUGGUGGAGGAGAAGCUCAAGGGAGAGAUGCUUGAUCUCCAGCACGCGGCAGCAUUUCUGCCUAGGUCUAAGAUUUUGGCCGACACAGACUACAAGGUCACCGCCGACUCUGACAUUUGUAUUGUGACCGCAGGAGCCAGGCAGCGAGAGGGGGAAUCACGCCUCGCUCUGGUGGAGAAGAACGUCUCCUUGUUUAAGAAGAUCAUUCCUCAGCUGGUGAAGCACAGCCCUGACACCAUCCUCCUCAUCAUCUCCAAUCCCGUGGACGCUCUUACGUACGUCGCUUACAAGCUGUCGGGCCUUCCUCCCAAUCGCGUCAUUGGAUCCGGCACCAACCUCGAUUCCUCUCGCUUUCGUUGGCUGUUGGCUGAUCACCUGGACGUUAACGCCCAGAAUGUGCACGGCUAUAUUGUGGGAGAGCACGGCGACAGCUCGGUCCCUCUUUGGUCCAGUGUUAGCGUGGGCGGUAUCCCGAUCAUCUCCUAUUUGAAGCAGAGGCACAUCGACUACAACCCCGACACUCUCUCCGAGCUCCACAGGAUAGUGGUGGAUGGCGCCUAUGAAGUAAUCAAACUGAAGGGUUAUACUUCCUGGGCGAUCGGAUACUCCGUUGCAAGUCUGGUGAAGAGCGUGCUGCGUGAUCAGAGGCGGAUCCAUCCCGUGUCGGUGUGCUCUCAGGGAUUCCAUGGUAUCAAAGACCAGGCCUACCUGAGCCUUCCUGCCGAGAUUGGGCGCUCGGGGAUCAUCGGCGUCAUGGACAGCCCCUUGACGGACGAGGAAAGGGAGCAACUUCAGAAGUCUGCGAAGACGAUGGCGGAGAUUCAGAAGAAGUUGGACAUAUAAGCUUUGAAAAUUUUGCACAAAUAACCAAACGAUGAUUAUUGUAGCUUUUCAGAUGUUACAUUUCAGCUAGACUGUAUGCAUGUAAAAGUUGGACUAAAGGUGAUGUUCCUCAGCUAUAAGCCCCAAGUCUCCGUAGCUGAGGAACAUCACCUUCAGCUAUAAUGUCUACGAAAUAUGUCGCUAUAAUCUUAUAAAUAGCAUUUCAAAUACUCACUAGUGAUUGCAAUGCUCAUUAUCAUAGUUUGCAAUUGCCGCUCUGGUGCUUGUAUUUAUGUAGUUGAGUUGCCCUAGUGUGAUUAUUGCAACCAACUAGCUCUAUCGCGGAACCUAAAAUAAUGGAACAGCUGAUGACUCACGCCCAGAUUUUUGUCAUUGCAAACACCUCGCACUGGUUAGCCUCAGGUUGUGUAGUUAACAGUAUUAACCACCGUAUGACUUGAAUGGAGCAAGUCUACUCGUUGAAA